GGAGCACAUCUCGGAUUUUCCUGAGUUCCCUCCCUCUCUUCUCCAAGCCCUGCAAUCCUAUUGAGAAAUCCGGCUGUAGGUGAGGCAGCACAGCCAGUCCUGCACCCUGCCUCUCCUUUAGCUAAGUGCUACCACACCGAGGCCAUUUGGAGGAAUUUUACACAGCAAGACAAACAAACGCAGACCCUUAAGGAAAGGCGUGAGCUGCGCGAAAUCGCCACCAAAAAAAUUCCUCCGGAAAGCAUCCUCUCCUCAUCUCCCGUGAAAAGCAGCGCUGCUAACUAGCAGGCUUGAUGGAGAACGCCGUGAGAUAGACGGAAAGUCUUGUCACUUUAUUUCUGCAUGCUUCCCUGCAUCUUAAGUGGCAUCUGGGGCUGGCUGAGGAUCAUGUGAGGCUGGGUUAUAAACCGGAGCCGAGCGCUGGGGCUGGCAGUGUGUGUGUGUGUAAGCCUGGCAGCGUUGUGCUCGCUGCUUUCCUGUGCUAAGCUGAUUUACUUGGUUAAGGUCUGACCUCAUCAUCCUGUCAGGAUGGAUUCCCACCUAUACAGCUAACAGCAGCUCAGCAUCGGCUGCGAGAGCUCGCCGUGUGUUAAUCGGAGACACGGAGAGAGCUGCCGAGAUUUGUUCUUUUGUUGGCUUUUCUUAAGAAGAGGAGUUGAAACAGAAGAGAUAACAAAGAAUCCAUUUCCUUCCUAGAAGAAUAGGCUUUUCGCAUUUAUUUAUUUUUUUUUUUCCUUUCUGAAAAGAAAAAAAAAAAAUAAUAAAAUAAUAAGAUAAAACCCCAAAUAAGAUGUCAGUGUCUGGCAAGAAGGAGUUUGAUGUGAAGCAGAUCCUGAGGCUCCGCUGGAGGUGGUUCAGCCACCCCUCGCAGGGCUCCGCCGGCUCCGGGGGCUGCCAUCAGCAGGAAGCAUUCGAGCACAGAGGCACCCCGGUGCAGAACAGGCUGAAGAGCCACUCUCGGGACAGGAAUGGGCUGAAGAAGAACAGCAGCCCCGUCCACCACAACAUCCUGGCCCCCGUGCCGGGGCCGACGCCGGUGCAUCACCGAUCCAUCCACAGCUGGCACCAGCAGAACCUCAUCGAGCAGCUGCGAGCCAGCGAGGACAUCCCCAAAAACAGCACCGAGGAAAACUCUGCGAAAGAAGACUCCAGUAAAACCUCGCAGGAGCUGCAGAUGAUCACAGAGCAAAAUGCAGAUGAAUCUGCAGAGAGGCUGUCCACCACCAGCAGCUCCCUUGGGAUGAGCACCAAUGGCUCUGACGAGUAUUUCCAGUCCACGAACCACGCGGAGCAAACCUUCCGCAAGAUGGAGAAUUACCUGCAGCAGAAGCAGCUCUGUGAUGUGCUCCUGAUCGCCGGAGACCAAAAGAUUCCAGCCCACAGGCUGGUUCUCAGCGCAGUUUCUGAUUAUUUUGCUGCGAUGUUCACCAGCGACGUGCGGGAAGCGAAGCAGGAGGAGAUCAAGAUGGAGGGAGUGGAUCCCGAGGCGCUGAAGGCUCUGGUGCGCUACGCCUACACAGGUAUCCUCGAGUUAAAAGAAGACACCAUAGAGAGUUUGCUGGCUGCUGCAUGUCUUCUGCAGCUCUCCCAGGUCAUUGAGGUGUGCUGCAACUUCCUCAUGAAGCAGCUCCACCCUUCCAACUGCCUGGGGAUCCGCUCGUUCGGGGACGCCCAGGGAUGCUCCGAGCUCCUGAAGGUGGCCCACACCUACACCAUGGAGCACUUCAUAGAAGUAAUAAAAAACCAGGAAUUUCUUUUGCUCCCAGCUAAUGAAAUUGCCAAGCUCUUGUCUAGUGACGACAUCAACGUGCCAGAUGAAGAGGCAAUUUUCCAGGCCCUGAUGCUGUGGGUGAGGCACGACCUGCAAAACCGCCAGCGGGACCUGGGGAUGCUCCUCUCCUACAUCAGACUGCCCCUGCUGCCACCCCAGCUACUGGCUGAUCUGGAGAACAGCCCAAUGUUUGCAGACGACCUUGAGUGUCAGAAACUUCUCAUGGAGGCCAUGAAGUAUCACCUGCUGCCAGAGAGACGCUCCAUGAUGCAGAGCCCUCGAACCAAGCCCAGAAAAUCCACAGUGGGAGCCCUUUAUGCUGUGGGAGGCAUGGAUGCCACUAAAGGCACCACCACAAUUGAGAAAUACGACCUGAGGACCAACAGCUGGAUCCAGAUCGGGACCAUGAACGGCCGGCGGCUGCAGUUUGGGGUUGCGGUGAUCGACAACAAGCUCUACAUCGUGGGGGGCAGGGAUGGGCUCAAAACCUCCAACAUCGUGGAGUGCUUCAACCCUGUCACCAAGGCUUGGACCGUGAUGCCCCCCAUGUCAACACACAGGCACGGCCUGGGAGUGGCAAUGCUGGAAGGACCAAUGUAUGCAGUUGGUGGCCACGAUGGGUGGAGUUACCUGAACACAGUGGAGCGCUGGGACCCGCAGGCUCGGCAGUGGAAUUACGUGGCCAGCAUGUCCACGCCAAGGAGCACCGUCGGGGUCGCAGCACUCAACAGCAAGCUGUACGCAGUCGGUGGGCGAGACGGGAGCUCCUGCCUGAAAUCCAUGGAGUGCUUUGAUCCUCACACAAACAAGUGGAGCCUGUGUGCCUCCAUGUCCAAGAGGAGAGGUGGUGUCGGCGUGGCCACCUACAACGGGUUCCUGUACGCCGUGGGAGGCCACGAUGCUCCCGCUUCCAACCACUGCUCCCGCCUCUCCGACUGCGUGGAGAGGUAUGACCCCAAAACAGACGCCUGGACCACAGUGGCGCCUCUGAGCGUGCCCCGGGACGCGGUGGGGAUCUGUCCCCUGGGGGACAGGCUGUAUGCAGUGGGGGGCUACGAUGGGCACUCCUACCUGGACACUGUCGAGUCCUACGAUGCUCAGAACAACGAGUGGACAGAGGAAGUUCCUGUCAACAUUGGGAGGGCUGGAGCAUGUGUUGUUGUUGUGAAGUUGCCCUGAGGACUGUAAAUUAUCGUGAAACUGAACUGAGUGGAGUCUCAGAGGACAAGAAACAUUUCCAGGAGCAGCACAGACUGCACACCCCUCAGCAGCCCUGAACAGACAAUAUUUAUCCCUGAGCCAUCACACUAAUGCAGCACAGAAGUGUCUUCCUGCAUCACAAAAACCAGAGAACUUUGCAGAAGUGAAUUUCUUUAUUAUGCCUAAUAAGCAAAAUCCAAUAAAAUGGUUUAAAUGUUUGAAUGGUUUAGGUUUGUUACAAAAGUGUAUCUGUUAUUUAUAAAAUGCAGCAGUGAGAGAUGUGUAUAAGAUUUCAAAAACUUCUUUUUCCUUUCUAUGUUGUCAGGAAUGCUAAAGUUUAUAAAAAAUGCUUUUAUAUUUUAAGUAAAUGAAAAUGACUAUGAAACACCUCUAACAGGGAACUGCACAGAAAGAAAUAUUUGCUGUCAAAUAUUACUGUCAAAAGAAUAUUCCCUGUAGAGGCAUCUUAAUUUCUGUAUUCAGAAAUUAAACUCCUAAAUUAACUUCAAAAUCAAAUCAGAGAAGCCAAUAAUUUAUUUAUUUACCAUCCCGCACUGCUAGAACUGUGACAGAAUAUCCAUUUUGAGCAGUGCAUUGGAUUGAAUAAUUCAAGUUAAGUCGUGGUAGGGUUAAGGUACCUUUAUGCUAUUGUGUGCCAGCAAAAAGAAAUUUCUUUUGUCAAAACAUAAUGCAAACAUAAUUUGCAAUCACUUUCAGUACAUAGAUGUGUGAUAUUUUAAUGCUGCUCUGUGUUUCAGGUUAUUCAUGGAUUUCUCUUUGCCCACUAACCAUCUGUCAGUACGUGUUAAACUAAUCUGACUAUUCUUGGGAUAAUAACUGUGCAUUAAAUUUUAAAACAAUCACAUAAUUACAUUCCUUGAAUAUAACUUACAGAAUGAAAUUUUUAUAUCAUAUUGAUAUGACAAUCUUUGACCUCAGCUGAAGAUUACCAGCUUUCUCUCAUGUACAGUAGAAAUAUGGUAAGGAAUAAACCACACCCACUGUGUAACCUUAGAUACCAUUUAUGUAAUCAUGUUUAUGUUUUAUCUGGAAUUAGUGGAAUGAUAAGAAUCAAGAACAAACAGGAAAAGGAACACCUGAAAACAGCACAUAGCAUUCCACAUGCAUGAUAUUUUCCUCUUGUGUGCCAAUUUCUACUGUUUUGCUUUAAUUUCAUUUUUUAUAAUUUCAAAUGCUGAAAGUGUAUUCUAGAAAAAAGAAUGUAUGUAAGAUAGUCUAUGCUGUAAAGCACAAUAUUUGGUCAGUAUCCACCUCAGUGUUUGUUUUGUUGUUUUGUCAGUAUCAGAAAAUUCAGGACAGAGACAAAAAUCUCUCAAUGUGUAGGCCAACUUUCCUGAUAAAUACUGUGGUUUCAGAUUUCAGCAAUAUGCUAUUUUAAAACAAAUUUAUAGUAUUAAACCUAUUGAAUGCCUCUAAAGAAAAAAAUCUCAUAAGCAUAUUUAUAAAAAAAGAACAUUUUUAACUUUAAAAAUCAAUUAUGUUUAUAUAUAGCAUGCUACAUUCAAAUAAACUUUACUUUCUCUGCUAAGAAAA